AUGCGUUUGCUCUCCAGCGUGCUCACCUUCUUCGUGCUUUGCGCGCCGAUCUUGGCCGUCCCGACUACGCUUAAGAGCGUCGAGUCAUUCGCUGGCGAACGCAACCACGGAAGCUACAUCAUCAAGCUGAAGCCUGGCGUCGCGAAGAACAAUAUCCUCAAGUCGCUCGGCGAGAAGGCCACUCACCAGUGGGAUGCUGCCUUGAACGGCUUUGCUGGAAAGUUCUCCGACAGAGCGUUGAAAUUUUUACGCGCCUCUCCCCUCGUUGAGUCUAUCUCAGAGGAUGGCAUCAUGCACAUUUUCCAGGACUCAGACGUCGUCACCCAAACCGAUGCACCCUGGGGCCUUGCCCGAAUUAGCUCUCCGACUACCGUUGAGGGACCCGCGGCAGGUCUCAAUUUUACGUACACCUAUGCGCCACCUGCAGGUGAGGGCGUUGACGUCUACGUUGUUGACACCGGUAAGAUCUUCCAAGACUUCGGUGUCUUCACCAAUCAUACACAAUUCGGAGGUCGUGCCCGAUGGGGUGCCACCUUCGGUUCGUACAAGGAUGCCGACGGUCAUGGCCAUGGCACACACUGCGCCGGUACUGUCGCCGGGUCUACCUACGGCGUCGCCAAGGCUGCCAACAUCAUCGCCGUCAAAGUUCUCAGUGAUGGAGGAAGUGGAAGUGUUGCUGAUAUCGUAUCUGGCCUCAACUAUGUCCUCGACUCCUACCAGGCCUCCGGCCGCCCAACCAUCGUGAGCAUGAGUCUGGGUGGUGGCAGGUCUACUCCUCUAGACAACGCCGUGGCAACUCUCACAGCCGGCGGCGUCCACGUCGUCAUCGCCGCUGGUAACUCCAACACCGAUGCUGCUAACACCUCCCCUGCUCGCGCACCCUCCGCUAUCACCGUCGGUGCUUCCAACAUCGCCGACGCCCGCGCCUCCUUCUCUAACUACGGCGCCGUCGUCGACGUCUUCGCACCCGGCCAAGACGUCAUCAGCUCGUGGAUCGGCAGCGACGACGCUACCAACAAGAUCUCCGGCACCAGCAUGGCCACACCUCACGUCGCCGGCUUGGUCGCGUAUCUGAUCAGUGUCCACGGAAACAAGACCCCCGCUGAGAUCGAAGCUUUGGUCGUGGAAUUGUCUUCCAAAGACGCCCUCACCGGCAUCCGUGAGUAG